AUGGCUUUAGCCUUUUUCAUUGCGUUGAUCGUUCUCUUAACGGAAUUUAUGCUUUGGUUUGGAUAUUCCCAGAUCGCGAGUAUGGCCUAUGUUGUCUACUUGAAUAUUUUUCAAAAAGAAAAAUUGGCUAACCAAAGCAAGAUCAGAAGAAGCAUAUUGACUGUCAGACAGGAGUUGGCAAGAACUAGCCCACAGGACGAAUUUGCUAAUUGGGCAAGAUUAAAACGUAAAUUGGAUAAGAAAGUGAAUGAAUUAGAAAGAAUUACUGCAUCAUUUGGCUAUUUAAAAACGUCUUUUGAAAUUAAAUUUACGACAUUUUUAUGGGUCGCGUCCAACGGUGUCCAAAUUAUUGUGAUGUUCUAUUAUUUUUCAACACCAGUAUUUUAUCUUCCACCAGGUUGGUUCAGUCCGAUAACAUGGAUUUUCUCUUUGCCGUAUGCACCAUCAGGGUCUGUCAGCGUAUUUUUCUGGUUUUUAAUUUGUCGUAAAAUGACAAAAAAGAUUGUGGUGACCUAUAAAGACUCGGUUCCUUUGUAUUAUUAUUAUGCACCUGAUUCCGUUAAAAGGCUAGUAACUAUUGUACUCCAAUGGUGUAACGUUAAAGUACAAAUGUAUUCGCCUAUUGUUGUUGUAUGGAUUAAAACCAUGCUUCAAUGGUGUUUCGCCAAUAUACGAACACAUUCACCCAUUGUUAUUGCACGAAUGAAGUCACAGGUUCAAAAAAUAUACGAUUUUAUUUUGGAAGUAAAAAAGUCAUCACAAUCAUCAGCUGUAAAUGAACAAUCUAAGUCGUCAGUAGUUGAUGCAACAUCAGGAGCAAAUUAG